CACAAGCACACCGCGCCCUGCCCUGUCCUGCUCUGCUCUGCUCUGCGAGAAGGUUCAAACCCGGAGGCGAUCCUGGAGAACAACCUUUCCCUGUCGUUAUUGCCAGCUCCCGCAGGGCUGGACCCGGGGAGCUGCGUCGCGGAGCAAACUUCUCCCAAAGGGCUGAGCUCGCCAGCCUGGUGCCUGCAGCCGGAGCCGGCCUCCGGCUUGGCGGGCAGGGGCCAGGUAUCCUGGAACAAGUGCGGCCCGGGAGGAGACUGGCUGCCCGGAGGCAGGCAGAAGGUCUGCGAACAAAUGGGCUCUGAUGUUCGAGACCUCAACGCGCUGCUGCCCUCCGUGCCCUCUCUGCCGGGCAACAGCAACUGCACCAUGCCGGUGAGCAGCGCAGCGCAGUGGGCUCCCGUCCUGGACUUCCCCCCAGGGGCCUCCUACGGCUCCCUGGGGCCGCACUCCUUCAUCAAGCAGGAGCCCAGUUGGAACGGGUCGGAUCCACACGAGGAGCAGUACCUGAGCGCCUUCACCGUCCACUUCUCCGGCCAGUUCACCGGUACUGCAGGGGCUUGCCGCUAUGGACCCUUCGGCGCUCCGCCGCCCAGCCAGCCGCCCUCCGGCCAGGCUAGGAUGUUCCCUAACGGGCCCUACCUGCCCAACUGCUUGGAGAGCCAGCAAGCGAUCCGCAACCAGGGUUACAGCACCGUGGCGUUUGACGGGACUCCGAGCUAUGGCCACACGCCGUCUCACCACGCUGCUCAGUUUACAAACCACUCCUUCAAACACGAGGACCCCAUCAGCCAGCAGUCCUCGCUAGGUGACCAGCAGUACUCGGUGCCUCCUCCGGUGUACGGCUGUCACACACCCACCGACAGCUGCACGGGCAGCCAGGCCCUGCUCCUCCGGACUCCCUACAACAGUGACAAUUUGUACCAAAUGACCUCACAGCUUGAGUGCAUGACGUGGAAUCAAAUGAACUUGGGAUCUACGCUGAAAGGCCAUACAGCAGGAUAUGAAAAUGAGAACCACAGUGCUCCCAUGUUAUACAGCUGUGGGGCCCAAUACAGAAUACACACCCAUGGAGUUUUUAGAGGCAUACAAGAUGUCCGACGGGUGCCAGGAGUAGCUCCCACUAUUGUCCGCUCAGCAAGCGAGACAAACGAGAAACGCCCCUUCAUGUGCGCGUACCCUGGCUGCAACAAGAGAUACUUUAAGCUGUCCCAUUUACAGAUGCACAGCAGAAAGCACACUGGUGAAAAACCUUACCAGUGUGAUUUUAAGGACUGUGAACGAAGAUUUUCUCGUUCAGACCAACUCAAGCGGCACCAAAGACGACACACAGGUGUGAAGCCCUUCCAGUGUAAAACCUGUCAGAGAAAGUUCUCCAGAUCUGAUCACCUGAAGACUCAUACCAGGACUCAUACAGGUAAAACAAGUGAAAAGCCUUUCAGUUGCCGGUGGCCCAGCUGUCAAAAAAAAUUUGCCAGGUCUGAUGAAUUAGUUCGUCAUCACAACAUGCACCAGAGGAACAUGACUAAACUGCAGUUGGCCCUUUAGACAGUUCAAACAAGUGAAUAAACCAGAUGGGACAUUAUGAGUUACUGCAAACUUUAUCAGCCAUCUUCGGUCACCUCUGUCAGAAAGCUGCAGCUAUCUUCUCAUCCCAUUUGAAACAAGUUAACUAAACCGUAGGAUUCUGCUCUGCCUUUGUCUUCCAUUCCAAUAGUCAAGUUCCUUGUUUGAUAAGUCCAAGAGAUUCUUAUUUGUAUUUGAGUUAAAAAAGUCAGCCUGUCUUUAACCCAGUAAGCUUGCUGGGUUUAUUUUCACUUGAACUUUUGUAGGUACAAAUUGUUGUACAGCUUUGUGUCCUGCAAUGGAUAGGGAGAUUCCUCCCUGCUGAAUGAAACUUCUUUGUGUAUUUCAUCUGUGCACAUGCUGAGGUUUCCAAAUGCUGGCACAGCUAAACUCACAAAAUGAGAUGAAACAAUCACCUGAGAUACUUUUGUUAAACUUUGCAUUUUGACUGCCAGAGGGCAAGCUUUUAAACUGGGAAGCUCUCAUUUUGAAUAUCACAAACCAAACCUUUUUAAAAGGACUUCUUUCUACAGCAGCUGGGUGAACCAGAGCCUCCCUGUACAGAAAGUAAGAAUCUUACCAUUAAGUUAACUUGUUUUGUAAUAACCACAUAGUUGCCCCCCAAAAGUGUUUUGUUUGUCAAUUAAUUCCCUUUCUCUCUCUCUUUUUAAUGUAUUGUUUUAACUUUAUUCUAUCAUGUGAUGCAUAGAUCUCCUUUACACAAGAUUAAUUCCAAUCAUUGUAGACAUUUGGGAUUUGUUUACAAUGUAAAGCCACACUGGUUAUGUGGCUAGCAAGCUGUAUAAACUUAAAACUGAACUUUUAAUGGGGCUGGUCCAGGAUCUCCAUUAACAGAUUACUCUUAAGAUAAGUAACUUAAAAAGACUCUUUGUCAAGUAUAUGUGGAGGGGGGAGAAAAAAAAAAGACAAAAAAAGACAUUAUUAGUGUAAGGAAAUAUAUUGUUUCAGGGUUUUGGGAGGAGGGGUUUAUUAUUUACUUUUAAUUGCUUGAAAUUGUGUGUAUAUAUAUAUCUGAUAAUGUAUUGCUCUUAGACAUCUGAAAUUAGAACAUGUAUAAAUACUAGAUGCAUCACUGUUCUGAUGUUGUUGCUGUUACAAACUAUUGAUAACACUAAGAAUGUAACCUGCAUUUUUCACUGAGCUUUCAAUUAAAGCCCAUUCAAAGAGAAACA